GCACACGUGUGUAGGAAAGAGGUUCCCGUCUUUGCGCGCGAAACGUGGAUUCAAUAUCGCAACAAAGAAAAAACAGUUAUAGCCUGAGGGAACACAACACUCCGUUUCACAACCACAUAUACCACAAUCUCAGAUAGAGAGAAUCAACAGAAGAAGGAGAAGAAGAACAAUGGCGCAGGCACAACCUGAAGAGAAGAUCCACGAGAACCCUGAAAAGGACACUACUGCCCAUGAAACAGGCAAUUCCAGCUUCAAAUUCAAUGCCCAAGCGCCUGAAUUUGUGCCAAGAUCGCAUACCCAGAUGCCAAUUUCUGGUUAUUUCUACCCCUGCUUCCAGAUUCUUGGUGGCUCUGGCGAAUCUGAUUGGUUCUUUGUUGGGGACCAAGACCCUGCUUGUUUGAUCCCCAGUACCAAUGUUGCGUUACCCAAUUGCUCCAAGAACAUUCUUACCCCUGAUCUUCAACAAAAGAUUGUCAAACAGGUGGAGUAUCAGUUCAGUGACAUGAGUUUAUUGGCAAAUGAAUCUUUCCAGAAACAGAUGAAUAAAGAUCCUGAAGGUUUUGUUCCAAUAACCGUAAUUGCUUCUACCAAAAAAGUUAAAUCCCUCGUUAGUAACAUUCAUCUGCUUACCCAAGCUAUCCGUUCAUCUUCAAAACUUGUUUUGAGCGCCGAUAGCAAGAAGGUUAAACGUAAACAUCCUUUCACUGAAAAGGAAAAAGAGGACUUGCAGUCUCGCACUGUUGUGGCAGAGAAUUUACCUGAUGAUCAUUCCCAUCAGAAUCUUCAGAAAAUAUUUUCUACAGUUGGGAGCGUAAAAACAAUCAGAAUAUGCCAUCCCCAGGAGUCUAAUUCUUCUCGCCCAAAAUCUGAUUUCUUCGUUAGUAACAAGCUCCAUGCACUUAUUGAGUAUGAGACAUCAGAUAUAGCUGACAAAGCUGUUGAGAAGUUAAAUGAUGAAAGGAAUUGGAGGAAAGGGAUGCGAGUAAGGCUGCUUCUUAGAUGCUCGCCUAAAUCUGUUCUGAAGUGUAGAAAGUCGGAAUUUGAUGGCUAUCUGGAAGAAGAGGAGAUUCUAAAUUCUGAAACUGCUGAGGAUUCUUCUCACUCAAACAAUGCUGACUUGUUUGACUCAAAUGUUGAUGAAAAUUCAAUAGGAUCUAAGAAAGGAUGGGCUAGAGGACGGGGAAAGGGCAGAGGACGCACUCAAGGACGUGGCCUGCUUGCCCCACCAUCUCAAUCAAGCAGCACUGUCUUGUGUGAUGUUCAUACUAAACCCAAUACUAAGGGCCCAAGAAUGCCAGAUGGGACAAGAGGCUUCACCAUGGGACGUGGCAAGCCAAUGAGUCCUUCUGCUCUAGUCACUUCACCUCAACCUCAAGAGUGAUGGGUAUUUCUGAAGUUUUUCCCUUUGCUAUAUAGUGAACUUUAGGAGAGAUUUCUCUGUAUUUCUUCACCACAGUAUUCCAAAAGCAGCAAAAGUGUUUUAGAAGACCCUAUUAUGUGGGCUACACGGGUAGUCCCAAUUUUUUUUAGAUUUCAGUUUAGUAAUAAUUCAUGAUGUAUAGUUUUUAUAUGGUAUGGCCACCCUUGUGACAGUGACCACAAAGCUCCUGAAUCCUGCUUUCUUAGAUUUCAAUUUAGUGAGGGAACAUAUUGUUUUUUAUUGUCGGAAAUAAGUGCUUAUUGCUAUUGUACACUAAAAUGUUUUUGAGAUUGAAUAAGAGGUAUUUUCUAUUUUUA